AACAUAGAAAACAAAUCAAUGAGUAUUUGAAAAGAAGUAAUCAAGUGUCCGAAUUGAAAAGUAUUAAAAAGGAAAUGGGAGAUCAAACAUCCAAAUUAGAAAGCGUUGAACCAGAAACAAGAGAUCAAGCAUCCAAAUUGAAAAGCGUUAAAAUGGAAAUAGAAGAUCAAGUGUCUGAAUUGGAAAGCGAAAUAAGGAUCAAACAUUGGAAAGUGCUAAAAUGGAAAACACCUGAAUUGGAAUAA